UAGUGUGCGCCUGCAGUUCGUGCUUCUGGAGCUGGAAUGAGACUUUGGGGCCCCUGUGUCCUGGGGCUCUUCUGGGCCCUUGUGGCCCCAGCUGAGCCCUCGAAGCUCAGCAUCCCCAAGGUGCUCCUGCCCUUCACUCGGGGCAACAAGAUCAACUUCACCCUGGAAGUCACAGAGGGCUGCUACAGAUGGUCAUCGACUCGUCCAGACGUCGCCUCUAUAGAGCCUAUAAAUGCUGAUGAUCAGCAGUGUUCUCAGAGGGCCAUAGUGCAAGCACGGGCAACGCACCCCACGCGGCUCACCAGCAUCAUCUUGGCUGAAGAUAUAUUGUCGGGUCAGGUACUUCGGUGCGAUGCCAUCGUUGACAUCAUCACGGAUAUUCACAUUGUGUCCACCACCAGGGAACUGUACCUGGAAGACUCCCCGUUGGAAUUAAAAAUUCAGGCUCUGGACUCAGAAGGAAACACAUUCAGCACCUUGGCUGGUUUAGUCUUCGAAUGGACGGUCGUUAAGGAUGCCGAGAUGGAUGGAUUCCCAGAUUCUCACAAUACGUUACGAAUUCUUAGGUUUUUGGAAUCUACUUACGUGCCUCCUUCCUAUAUCACUGAGAUGGAGAAAGUGGCCAAACAGGGAGACACAAUUUUAGUGUCUGGAAUGAAAACGGGAAGCUCUAAACUGCGCGCCAGAAUGUUAGAGCCGGUGUACCAGAAAGUCAAUCCUGCAGAGGUUCGUCUCCUUAUUCUGGAAAAUAUUCUUCUUAAUCCUGCAUUGGAUAUUUAUCUGCUCGUAGGAGCCACCGUACAAUACAAAGUUCAGAAGAUCAAACAAGGCAAGAUCACAGAUUUACUUAUGCCUUCUGAUCAAUACAUAUUACAACUCAAGAACCAUGUGGUGGCCCCCGGAGGAAUCGUGGAUGAUCCUGUGGCUUUACUGGACGAAAGGACGACGACAGUCACUGCUACGCAGCGGGGUCAAACAAAUAUUCUUUUGCUCCAUAAAAAUAUCCGAAUGCAAGGAUCAUCCCGUCUGCCUAACGCCACCAUCUUUGUGGUGGAAGCUGGAUACUUAGGGUUUACAGUCAAUCCAGGAGACAGAUGGGUCCUCGAAACUGGAAGAUUGUAUGAAGUUACAAUUGAUGUCUACGACAAGUCAAGUAACAAGGUCUAUUUAUCAAAUAACAUGCGGAUUGAGGCGAUUCUGCCUGAAGAAUACUUCGAGUUGCUUGAGUCGUCCCUGAACGGAUCUUAUCAUCGCGUGAAAGCUCGGAAGAGCGGUCAGACCGUUAUCGACGCUGCUCUGACGUGCAUGGUAGACCAGGACGGGGGAGUCCAUGUUUUACAAAACCCAGUGAGAAACCAGCAAGAAGUUGAAAUUUAUCUCCCGGUUAACCUCUCCCCCAAGAUUUUAGCAUUUCCGUGGCAGCCCAAAGCAGGAGCUUACCAGUACAAAAUACAGGCACAGGGUGGGAGUGGAAACUUUACAUGGUCAUCGUCAAACAACGAAGUGGCUACAGUUAAUGUGAGAGGACAGAUGACCACUGGCCAUGAUAUUGGAGUCAGUGUCCUGCGCGCUCGUGAUGUCCAGAACCCGCUGCAUUUUGGAGAGAUGAAGGUGUUUGUUAUCGAGCCCAAUGGCAUGGAAUUUAUCUCUUGCCGCGUGGAGGCGCGUGUUGGAAACAGACUGGAGCUGCCGAUAAAAAUAUUUGGCCUUAUAGGUGGCGAGGAUGGCGACAUGGUGGCGCUAAGCGAUUGCUCACACUUUGAUUUGUCUGUAGAAGUGGAAACUGCUGGUAUUUAUAAAGUAAUUCCCGGAAGACUCCCGCCUGGGAGCGAUUCCUGCAGCGGGAUUACGGUACAGGCAGAAGCUCAGGGUUUUACGACUAUAUACGUGAGCUAUACCCACGGUCACGUCCACCUCAAAGCCAAAAUUGUUGUAGCUGCAUAUCUGCCGCUAAAGGCAGUGGACCCGUUGUCUGUGGCUUUAGUCACUUUGGGAUCAUCUAAAGAUAUGUUAUUUGAAGGCGGCCCAAACCCCUGGGUGCUCGAGCCGCAAAGGUUUUUCAGGAGUGCGUCUGCCGAGAAGCCGGAGAUGGCGUCGCUGUCCUUACAGGAGUCGGCCGUGUCCCGCAGUCACUCUCAGCACUGGCUGCGAACCGUAUGCACCGACCUGGCCGAGGAGAUCAUUUCUUUAAGAAUUGGAAAUCAUCCUACAGAAAGUAACCCUUUCCCAGCCGAGGAGCUGGUCUCUGUGAAGCUUAUCUGUGCAUGUCCAGCAAGAUUUACCCUCACCCCGGUGUAUAAACUCGCACACGCGGACUUCACGUGUCCUCUGAUGCAACAGAACAAGCAAGUGAUUCCGGUCUCUAAUUACCAGAAUCAGCUGUUACAGUUGGCGGCGUAUGACCCCCAGGGCCGAAAGUUUGAUAAUUUCAGCUCGCUGAGUAUCGGCUGGGAAUCCUCCAAAGGCAUGCUGGCAAGCUUCGAUUCCGCAAAACCCAUGAAACUGGUUCAGGAAGAAGACGGCGCGGGUCAGAUGAAACUGCACGGUCUGAAUACAGUUUACGUUCACCGUAUUUCGGGGGCAGCCACCAUUACCUCCAGAGCUGACCGAUACCAGGAGCGUCACCUGCAAGCAGCUGGAGUCUCCCCGCCGCACAGGACGUUCGCGCUCGUCUCUGCUAGUCUAGAGCUUCUUCUCGUAGAGGAUGUGAAAGUGAAUCCGAGUUCUCUCACCAUCUAUAACCAUCCACGGGUUUCGGCCGAAUUCACGAUUGCUGAGGGAUCCAGGUUCUUUUUCAUUAACAGCAGCGCACCUAGUAUCGUAAAAACUGUAUUUCAAGAAGUCAAAGGCACCGUAGUGGUUUACCCUUCGCGUGCUGGCUCUGUAAGCAUCACGGUCUACGACCUGUGCCUGGCCUUGCCGGCACCGGCUGAAGUCGGGGUCCUGGUUUCUGAUAUUCUUCAGGUGGAAGUCAGAGUUGUUGAUAAGGUAGAAAUUGGAAAAAGUGUAAAAGCUUAUGUCAGGGUCCUGGAUUCCGCCAAGAAACCUUUCCUUGCCCAGUACUUUGCAUACAUGAAUUUGGAGCUCAGAUCAUCCUCUUCACACGUGUCCGUUAAGCCUCUCCAGGAGAAGGUUGACAGUUACACCGCUGUGUUUGCCGUUCACGGUGAAGCCAUAGGACAGACGAGCCUCGUGGCGACUGCCACAGACAAUGCCGGCAGCGCCAUAGACUCCCCGACGCGGCCGCUAGAGGUAUUUCCUCCGUUUCGCCUCUUACCGAGGAAAAUUACACUCAUUAUUGGCGCGGUGAUGCAGAUAACCUCGGAGGGUGGACCACAGCCCCAGUCCAAUAUAAUAUUCUCCGUUGCCAACGAGAGCGUGUCAUCGGUAGACGGUAACGGCUUUGUGAAAGGGCUGUCUGUCGGGAACAGCUCGGUGACUGGCGUCGUCCAAGCGGCCGAUGCAGAAUCAGGAAAAGUCGUUGUGAUCUCCAAGGAUGAAGUGGAGGUGGAAGUGGUGCGGCUCAGGGCAGUCCGGAUACACGCACCCAUAACACGAAUGAAAUCUGGAACUAAGAUGCCGGUAUACGUGACGGGUGUCACUACCGAACAGUCCGCCUUUGCUUUUGCCAAUGCUGUCCCUGGGUUCACGUUCCACUGGACGGUUGUAAAAAGGGAUUUUCUAGAUGUCCGGAGCCGCCACGAUGAGAUAUCGGUUGAUCUUCCUGCGCUCUAUAACUUUGCAAUGAAUGUUUAUGCUAAAGAUAAAGGAAAGACAGGACUGAAGGUUAUGGUCCGAGCCACUGAUCCGGCAGCGAAGCAGUUUUAUGGCGAUGCCGAGGAGCUCUCAGAUGAGAUAACCAUUCAGGUGUUUGAGGAGCUUCAUUUGUUGAGCCCGAGUGUGGAUGUGGAACAGAUCCUUAUGUCUCCCUAUUCAGUCUUGAAGCUUCAGACCAACAGGGACAGAACAGCAGCCAUGACGUACCGCCUUGUGAAUGCCCCAAACCAAUCUGCAGUGGUGCACGUGGAUGAUAAAGGGCUCCUUACUUGCGGCUCCCUGACCGGAGUCUCCACCAUCGAAAUCACUUCCCAGGAGGUGUUUGGGAUCAACCAAACUCUUCUGGUGUCUGUCAAGGUUGCCCCGGUUUCUUACAUUCGGAUUGUGAGCAGUCCUGUCCUUCAGACUGUUAAUAAUGAGCGUCUCAUUGCUGUACCGCUGGGAAUGACGUUGAGUUUCUUGGUUCAGUUUCAUGACAGCGCUGGAGACAUGUUCCACGCACAGAAUUCGAUGCUCAGUUUGGCAACCAACAGGGAUGAUUUUGUGCAGGUUGGAAGAGGAGCCACUAAUAACACGUUCACAGUGCACACGAUUAAUGCUGGCCUCACUUUAUUCCACGUCUGGGACACAGAGAACCCGGCGCUGUCAGAUUAUUUGCCCCUGCCCGUGGAGCACAGUAUAUUUCCCAAUGUAAAGGAGGGAACUGUUGGAGAUGUAUUCUGCUUUGCCUGCUCCAUUACCACGCAGGAGGGGUUGGCCGGAUCCUGGAUCUCUUCUUCCAGUUCCGUACUUCAGAUUGAUCCCAAGUCAGGAGUCGCUUUGGCUAAAGCUGUGGGAUUUGUGACCGUCUAUUACGAAGUCCCCGGAAUCCUGAAGACCUAUCGGGAGGUAUUAAUUCGUUCACCACAAAAAAUUAGAACCAUGCAAGAAGUUGGAGAAAAAAUCAAUUUGCAAGUUGCAAAAACACACAGACUUCUUGUGGAAAUUGGUGAGAAGAAGAGGAACCUGAAAGGUGAAUGUUCCCCGGUGCAGAUAGCAGCUAUUGAUGAACUUCAUCCAGAAAAUGUCCUCAGCUGUCAUUUGCACUUCACUGAGCCCAACCCUGAAGUCUCCCCUCUGGAAAUGUUCAGCGCAAAGCCCGGGUUUGAUGCAGAAUCUGGCCAUUACACUUGCUCCGUCGUGGCACACAGACUUGCAGAAAGCCAUCUUAGACUUCUCAGCAUGAGUGAUACAUCACUAACCAUAGUUGCUUCUGUACACGGCACUCACCAAUACACUGAACAGAUCAGUGCCAGUGUGCCAGUUUAUCCGGGCUUUUACGCCAGUCAGAAGGAAAUUCUAUUAAACAACCAUUACACAACGAGCGAGCUGAAGAUAUUUGGACCUGUUGAAAUACUGAAGAAUUUAGAGGUGGAAUCCGGAUCACCCGUAGUUACCAUAGCUCAGAAGGAAAAGUUCUAUGGGAAGCCCAGUUCUGUAACCUAUGAAGUGGGUAUAAAGGAUGUGAGGGUAUUAAGUCAAGGAUCUCUCUCUACUGAAUUGACCGUGUCCGCUCAUCCGUCCGACCAAGUGAUUUCUGUUCCAGUGACCAUCGUGUCUGUGCUGGGACCAAAACUAGGGUUGUUUGCAGAAGAAAACGGCUUCUUCCAGCAUUUCGUCUCUUCGUACCAAGUCAUGUUCUUCAUGCUUUUUGCCCUGUUGGCGGGAGCUGCUGUGAUUAUAAUAGUUUUCUCACCCAAGGAGCAGAUCAAUCAUCCAGCUUUUACCUCUAGUACCCCUCAGCCUUCCAAUACCAGUUUAGUUUCCUCUUCUCCAAUAGUUUAUUCAGCUCAAAGAUCUUCAGGGUGGAAGAAAAACUCUCCAACAAAAGUAUUAUGGAGUCCAGACUACGCUUCCAGCUAAAUAUUUGAAUUUUCCUAAAACCACCUUGAUUUUCACACGUGUGCCUUUAAAAAAGCAACUUUGUUUUAGAUGCUCUGGAGUGUGGCGUGAUACCGUGAGGUUCUGCUCAUGGAAACGAGUGUGUUUUAAUCCAAUAAUCCUAAAUGUGUGUUUCAGAAAUUGCUUUACAUAAUCCAGUUUGAUUUUAUAUUGUUUGUGUCUUUUAAGUUGCAUUGUAUUGUCCGAUGAGAAUUGAUUUCUGUGAAGGCUAGGUGCCAGUUAGCCAGCCAGACACUUUUUGGGCUGGUCUAUCAGUUUUGAUCCAUACACGGUGCUAUAACUCAGGUCCCUCUCAUGACAGCUUUUGUGUAUGUGAAUUCUGUAAAAUGUUCUUACAGUUCUUUUGUUGUUUUGGUUGAUGCCAUUUCAGUUUAACUCAGGAAUGUUCUGCACUGAUAAAUGUAGCCUUGCAGCGUGAGCCACACCAUCAUGAAAACAUUUAACUGUGAAUUUCUUGGAGAUGUUCGUCGUGUGCCUUUAGGGACUCGGCGGCCAGCACUGAGCAGCUGGAGCAUAAUGGUCUAUGGGAACGGGCGCUGUGCCGAAUGGAAAAGCCACAUCCCAGGGUUAUAAAGCAAUGCCACAUUCUACAUUUGGAAGAGUCUUAGUUCUGUGCUUCUCCUGCAACUGAAUCGUAUUGAUUAUUACAAACAAGUUUGCCACUCAGUCCACA